CGCAGCUAACGGCACAUUCCGCCAUUAGCUUUUUUUCCUUUGGCGGUGGCGGACGUGUUUUUGUGUCCGCGCAUUCCGCAGAACUUUUUCGCACACGCUUUCCUCGCAAUCACCACCUAAAGAAGUUUCCACCACAUACCAACACACUACCAGGAAAAUUCGGCGUCUAAACCGCAGAAUGCAGUGAAAAUCUUAAAGCUAACGGGAUCUGGUUCUUCUCCAAAAACUGCAGUGCUUUUUAUCGUUUUGUUUUUCUAAGAACUCUUACGAAUAAUUUGCAUGAAACUGAAAUUUCACAAAGAGGAAACUGAAAAUCGAGUAUUGCCAAUCAGCCAUAACAAUUGUAAGAAAGUGCCAAAAUAACGUAAAGCAUUUGGCUCAACGGGAAAAGGAGAAAAGUCUCGCAAAUAGCUUGACAUAAAAAUUUACAGUUACGUCGAAUUUACAACCGAGCAGAAAGCACACAGACAGCCCACACAUUCUCAUGCACACACACACACACACACAUAGACAGAAGCCCGUUGGCCGUUACCGCACAGCUUAAGUUACGAAAGCUGUAGAAGGAGGGUGGGGAGUGGAGUCCUUGAGCAUCUCGGCUAACAAACAACCCCCAAUACAGACCCCAAGUUGUUGGGUGCGACGGCACUCGGAACAACGGCAAAAAAAAAAAAAGCGUCAACAAAAAACAAACACAGACACAGAUACAGGAUGCCGACCCAUCUGCGCGUGUGUGUGCGUGCGUGGGUAUAGAUUUACCGUUGGACGGCCUUUCAUGUCGUUCAUCCCGUGUGGGCCGCAAUAAAGUGAGGCGCAAGGAUACGAUGAAUCGCAUUUGCGAAUAAGUUACCCGAGCAACUACAAUCCGUCCAAUUCGGUUAAAAUACAGGAUAUAACCAUGUUUGGCUCCAAGCUGCGCUCCUGGAUGGAGACGCACAUCGUGCGGCCCCGCAAGAAGGGUAACAAGCACAAGCAGACGGCAGCCGAGGCCAACGGUUCCGGGGGCUCCACUGGCAAGAAGUCUGGCACCCUGCCACCGCAGGGCAGCAAUCUCACCAGUCCGGUGUUGACCAGCAGUGGCAGCCAUAGUAUCGCCAGUCCGGUGCGAAGGCGCGAAGUGUCGCCCAUUCAGUGCCACCCUCCUAGUCGGCGGUAUGGAUGGCAAUCACCCGACGAGGACUCUUAUGUUGUCACAUCCCCCAAGUCGGACAACCUCUUGUAUGCCCCGAACUGUCAUCGGCCUCUCCAGCAUCAGCAUCAGGUGCAACAGCAUCAGCACCACUUGAGCGUGCCCAACAGCAAGGAGAACUCGUGCGCAGAGAAGUCUCCCAUGCGAGUCAACUGCUCGUCGUCGUCUAUUUCAUCACUAUCCUGGUCUACCGGCUCCAAAGAGCCCUCCUCGAGCAAGCCAGGCCCGUUUAAAGGGGAAAAUGCACUGACUGCGGAGUACCACAUCCCACCCGACGAAGAAGUGGAGUACGAGGAGGUUGGUGAUCUACUUCUGCGACCGCCUGGACCCAAGACAUGCGAAAUCCCGCGUCCACAGUCGGAGAACCUAAGCGCCGUGCGUUUGAUAUAUGAGGAGGAACCGGGCCGUGGCAAUAACCAUGUACGCUACGGGCGCCUACUGCCCUCAAAGCUGGCUCCCGUGCAGCUGGGAGAGUCGCUGGACAGCUUGCCCACGGCCACCCCUCCAAUUCCACCAGCACCCGGUGUCGGCUCACGUAUGCGUACCCCGCGUGGGGUGCAACGCACCAGCUUCAUGCCCGGUCCGAGGCCCCACAGUCUGCCCUCGCCGGAAAGCGCCUAUUCCACCGGCUACUCCACAGACGGCACCUCUCCGUGCGCCGCCACCAACUACAACCCACCCGAGUACUACAUCAACAUGCGCUCGGGUACGCACUAUUUCCCCAAGAGCGUCAACUCAUUGGCCAUCGAGGCGCAGCGCUACAAGUUCGGCUUGAACCGCAUCGAGGAGAUGUCGCCCAUGGACCCGCUGCCGAAAAGCAACUUUGCGAGUGCCAAUCAUGGCCUGGAAGCAUCGCACAGUCCUUUGGCUAUACACCAGCAGCCAAAGUUAUUUGAAUCUCCAUCGCCCCGUCAGCGCUGUCGCAUCAGGACUAAUCCAUGGUACAACACUGGCGAGCAGCACUUAUCAGCUGUGCCUGCUCGGAACGAGGUAGAUGCCACCAGUACCACCUCCACCACCUCAUCGGGCAUUAAGUCGGGCAAUGAGCUGGAAGUUCCGGCUGCGAAAACAACAACAAACAAGGCAGCAACCCUUAAUACCGGCCGGGGCUCCCAAAGCACGAUGCUGCGAGUGGGUGAGGUGGUGGACCCACCUGGAAUAGGGGGAGUUGCUUACGAGUCCGAGUGCUCUUCGACGUCGACUGAAGUGGAAAAUCUGCAUGCCCCGCACACCAUCAAGCGGCGGCACUUGGAGCAAGUGGAAACAACAACCACCUCGGCUCCCGUGGCGGGUGGCUGUGGCGGAGGGGCUAACGCCACAACCACUUCCUUUGUGCUUAGCGACGACGAGGCCACCCUCAACGAGAUGAUUGGGAAGUUUGACGAGAGCUACAUCUAUGAGAAGGAGACUGACAUACUCAGCAGCGACUCGGAUCCUACAGACUGCUGUGCCUCGGAGCUGGACACCGGCCAGGAUGCUGGAGACGAAUGCGACACAGACGAGCUUCUGGACAUUGACUUCAUAGACACUUCGUCCAUGCAGGAGGUGGUACUUGACCGCCACGAUCUGGUGGCUCGCAACUUGGGCAGCUGCCACUACUACUCGAGUCCCAUGGUGAAGCGCAAGUCUACGAGACGCUCAGCCCGACGCAAGAGCGGCCAGGAGCCGGCUGAUGGAUCCCAACAGCAACGACGCAAGCGAUUCCUCAAGACUCGCAAGAAGAGUUGUGAGAAAAGCGAGAAGCCAAUGGUGUCGCCCCUUCGGGAGCCUCGUGGAACUCGAAGUGUGGGGGGAACACCAGUUUGUUUGCGGCGCCAUCUUCUUGGUCCGAAGGAGAAGAUAUACAAGACUUCGCCACUCUCCAAUCGCUCCAAUUCCCUAAUCUUCGGCGACAUGACCACCAAGAACUCGUUGGCCAUCGCAGAGAGCGAGAAGGCUUUGAUGAAGGCCGACUUAGAGGCGGACAUGAAGUACAAGCAACUCAUCAUGGAGGCAGAGUCGCUUUUAGAGUCCAUGAAGAACAGUCUUCAAAGCAUCCCAAGGGACACACCAGUGGCCAGUCCAAGGCGCCUGAAUCCGUUGGCCAACAAGCGCGUAGAGAUGCUCAAAAAUAGUGAGGUGGACACCCCCAAGAAACAGCCAUCUCCGUCUCCGUUGGAGCACGAGCUGGCCGCUGCCAUCAACAAGCGCGUUGAAAUGCUCAAGUUUGAGACUUCCUCGGCCUCAUCCCCACCCAACAGCCCCAAGCUGGGGCCGCGCUGCAGUCCCCGUAAAACCCACUUGACCAACUUUAUGAACCAAAAUGCUCCUCCGGAGCUGCCACCUCGCAAGGCCCCAACUGCACCACUCUCGCCCCAGCUGCAGCUGAAUGGCAGGCGGCUGCUGGAGAGUCCUAAGGCCAGACGGCAUGGCGGGACUAUGACCGUCACAUCCACAACCACCACCACCGUGAUUAGUUUCAACGGAAGCGACUCAGACAUCGAUUGCCUAGCCGCUGAGGAUGUGGGGAAUCACAACUACUUUCCGUACUCGAAGCCGGCGAAGCCGACACUGACCAAGACGAACAUCCAGUUGGAGGCCGAAUCGCAGAUCAACAACAACUUUUACUGCCCCCACAGUGAGCCACUGAAACGCAAAGUCUACAAGGGCAGCUCCUCCUUUGAGCGGAUCAAGAAGAACUUUGACUUGGAGUUGGACCGUAACAAGUCAAGCGAGCGCUCUCCCCUCCAGCUCUCGGCUUCCGUUUCGGCCAAGAGCUCCAUGCAAGACGUGACCGGGGACGAGGACAAAAGGCAGGCGUCGUUGGAAGGUGGGGGCGUCGGCGAUAGUCGUAAGCAGCAGCUAAUUCUCAACACGAUUGUCGAUCUGAAGCGGAGCUUGGAGCACCAGAGCUACCAGCUGAGUGGCCUCAACGGUGACUAAUUAAACCGAAAGUACUGACUACUAGGGCUAAGAUCAUCAGCGCGACAUCUAAUCAUCAUGCAUAUAAUCUAGAUAGUAAGAGUAAGGUAACAAAUGUCCAACCGAAUCCCUCAGACUAGACACUGAAACUGAGCGCAAUAACUUUCUACUGAUAAGAGAAGACGAUUAUUUACAAGAGUAUAUAUAGUAUGGUACUAUAUUCGAGGGAGGGACUGGACUGGCAGAA